AAAGUGGUGGAGAAACUGAAGCAAGAAGAGGAGCAACAGAAACAGAAACCCAGCCUCGACUGUGAGAGCGACAAGGACAUCGAGGCCAUAGCCCAGCAGCUGAAGGUGCUGCCCCUGACGGAGCGGAACCUGCGCAUGUUCGACCACGCCAGACGCAACCUCAUCCCCUCGGCCGAGCGCCAGUUCGCCUGCCAGGCCUGCGACAGCGCCUGGUGGCGCCGUGUGCCCGAGAGAAAGCAGGUGUCCCGCUGCCGGCUGUGUGGGAAGCGCUACGACCCGGUGCCCUACGACAAGAUGUGGGGCACGGCCGAGUUCCACUGCCCCUCCUGCAACCGCAGCUUCAGGGGCUCAGCGCAGAUGGGCAUGGCCUCUCCCUGCUUCAUCUGCAGCACCCGCGUGCUGCCCGACUGCAUCCUCUCACCGCACCAGGUUGCCGGGGCCCGGAGCCGCAACCCCCACUCCUGCUACGCUGAGGACUGCUACAACCGCCGAGAGCCCCAUGUGCCCGGCACCCACUGCGUCCACCCCCGCAGCCGCGCCAAGAACAGGCUCCCCAAGGUGCUGUUCGCCAGCCUGGAGCACCAGAGCACCGGCUCCACCGUGGCCACCUGCCUGAGCCAGGGCAGCCUGGCCCAGUGCGACCUGGACGAGCUCCUCCUUGAAGACCUGGCGGAAGAGAGCGAGGGCUCCGAGGACUAGCACCCCUGCUGGCCCGGGGCCCCUCUGCCCCAGGGCUCUGUUUGCACUUUAUCCUUCUCUCGGCUUUUCUCGCCCGGCCAGGCCAACCCGCUCCUCCGAGCAGGUGGGGGCCCUCUCUGGGGCGGGGCAGGGGCCUGUCUCUGCCCAGCCCUGGGGGAAGCUGCACGCCAGCCUGGUGCUGCCGGGGCCCGCGGGUGCAGGGCCUGGCACUGGAUCUUUUCCUCUCCCUUAAUUAUUCUGUGUAACUCUUACAGAACCAGGGUCCGGAGUGCCCCAGGGGUCCCCUCCCCGAUCCCGGGAGCCAGGGCCUGGAUUUCGGCUGAUUGCCGGCUCCCUUGUAUCUCUGUAUUUUCAACGAGCUGCUGCUGGCUCUGGCCCUGGGCUUGCAGCAUUGACCAAAGCCGAGCGGCUGGACGGGGGUAGGCCGGCUGCCCCUGGGACCAAGCAGGGCGGGCGCAGGGGACAAUUCUCCCCGUGGCCCUGCCAAAGACGCUGCCCUCGCCCCUUUCCGCAGCAGGCUCGGCUGUGCCAGCCUGUCUGUCCUGUGUCUGUCUGCUCCGGGCACGAGUCAGCUUUAACCCUAAGUGCCCAUCCUCCCCUGCCGCCCCGCGUGGGGGUUGCUGGGAGACGCCCGUCACUGUGGUUACAGUUUCUUAGCCGCCUUUUUAUAAACUGAAUAAAGAA